UACACGUGCAACUCGUAAACACGGCGAAAGUUCUAAUAAAAAUAGUUUCCUAGAGCACUACAUGCAAUGGAGGAAGAUGCGGGCCAGGAUAAGCGAAAGCAACACCGUGCUCGCCAAUCGGGAGUCAAAGCGGAAAAGAAAAAGAUAAAGGCCAAAAAGGAAAGCAAUCAAAAGGAUCCAGAGCUAACAGCGCGCCAACGCAAUCCUAAGGCAUUUGCUAUUAACUCUGCGCAGCGCGCCGAGCGUAAUUUUCGGCGUAAGGAGGACCUGACCGCCAAGAAACAGCACAUACCAGUAGUGGACCAGACACCAGAUGAGCCUCCGCCAGUACUGAUUGCCAUUGUGGGUCCGCCGAAAGUGGGCAAAACAACACUGAUUAAGAAUCUGAUCAAGAGCUUCACGCGCACCAAUGUUACUGAUAUACGUGGUCCCAUCACCAUAGUCACAUCGAAAAAGCGCCGUAUCACCUUGCUGGAGUGCAACAAUGACAUUAACUCCAUGAUCGAUGUGGCCAAGUGCGCAGAUUUGGUUUUGUUGCUCUGUGAUGCAAGCUACGGUUUCGAGAUGGAGAUCUUUGAGUUCUUGAACAUAUGCCAGGUGCACGGCAUGCCAAAAAUUAUGGGCGUGUUAACCCAUCUGGACAUGAUUAAGAAUCCCAAGCAACUACGCAAACGGAAAAAGGAACUGAAGCAUCGUUUCUGGACAGAGGUUUAUGACGGCGCCAAACUAUUUUAUUUAUCCGGAUUGUUGCAUGGCGAGUAUUUGCGCAACGAGAUUAAGAACCUGGGACGAUUUAUAUCGGUCAUGAAGUUUAGACCGUUGCAGUGGCGUGGCGCCCACAGUUACAUUUUGGUCGAUCGUAUGGAGGACGUAACAAACACAGAUACAGUGCGUCGCAAUCCCAAAUGCGAUCGGGAAGUGGUGCUUUACGGUUAUGUGCGAGGAGUUCCUCUUAAACAAGAGCACAUGGUGCACAUAGCGGGGCUCGGCGAUGCACGCAUCGACGAGUUGAGUGUCAUAUCCGAUCCUUGCCCUCUUCCGGGGACUGAGAAGAAACGCAGCCUGCUUGAAAAGGAGCGUCUGCUAUAUGCACCCAUGUCCGGUGUAGGUGGCAUUGUCUACGACAAGGAUGCCGUUUAUAUUGAACUGCAGGGCUCUCAUUCCCAUAAAGAGAAAAGCGCCGAUGCAACGGAACAGGAGGAAUUGGUGAAUAAAUUGAUAGAUAAAAAGGCUACCAUCGAUGAGCAAAUGGAGCAACAAGAGUUUCGACUCUUCUCCGAUGGUGCGCCCAUUAAAUCAAAGGACUUUAAAAGCGACGAUGAGGCAGAAAAUAGUGAGGAUGAGGAUGAUGGAAAUGAUUCUGGACUUGAUGCUGCCGAAUCCAGCGACGAAGAGGGCGAUGAAUUUGAUGCCGAUGAUUGGCGCAAUGAAAACAGCGAUCGAGAAUCGGAUGAGGAUGAGGGUGAAACAUCGGGAGAUGAAGAAUAUCAGAGUUUAGCUAAUAUUAAGAGCGGUACCCAAAGCAGCGAUGAAAACUCUGACAACGGCGAUGACGAUGAGGCAAAUGAAGCACAAAUCCUAGCCAGUAACAUGAGCUGGAAAACUAACCUGGCGCAAAAGGCACGUGAUGCCUUCCUUCAAAGGCACUCCGAAUCGCGAAAUUUAAUGCGUUUGGUCUAUGGGGCUUAUAACCAAAGCGAACGCAACAAACAGCCAGAAGAGCAGCAGGAUAAGAACAACAGUGAUUCCGAGGAAGAGCUGGGAGGACUGUUUAAAGUAGCGACCAAGAAGCAAACUGAUUUGCAAAAGGAACGGGAUAUACGUGAUAAAGAUGAGAGCUGUUUCUUUGAUUAUCAUGGAGAUGCCUUACGCGACUGGCUGGCAGAUGGGAACAAGGAGUUAAUCAAGAACUGCUUUGUCACGGGCAAGUGGAAGGCCUCUGAGGACGCUGAAAAUUUGCUUAAACUGGAUGACAUGAGCGAUGCUGAUAGCGAGGUGUAUGGCGACUUUGAAGAUCUGGAGACGGGUGAGCAGCACAACGGAAAGCCAAAAGAUACUCAGCCAACUGAUGGUGACAGCAACAAUGGAGAAACUUCAGUUAGCGCUGGUGGUGAAGCGACAAAACGUAAAAUGACGCGAGUCGAGGAGGAAAAUCUUACCAAGGCCGAGCUAAUGGCCAAGAAACUCAAACUGAAAGCCAAAUUCGACGCCGAAUACGACAAUAAUGGUGAAAAAGGUGGAGAGGAUAGUGGGCGCAUCACCGGCGACCACUCCUACUAUGAAGAGCUCAAGGCGGAAGCCCAAAAACAGAGUGAACUGAACAAGAAUGAAUUCGCUCAUCUGGAUAACGAACUUCGCAUACAAAUCGAAGGCUACCGAGCCGGUCUUUAUGUGCGUCUUGGCUUCAAAACUCUCCCAGCCGAGUUUGUGGAGCAUUUUGAUGCUAGCUAUCCCGUGUUGGUGGGUGCCCUCAACAUGACUGAGGAGAAUGUUGGUUUUGUGAACUGCAAGGUGAAGAAACAUCGCUGGUAUAAGAAAAUUCUUAAGACUGGCGACCCUCUGAUCAUCUCAAUGGGUUGGCGACGCUUUCAGACUGUUCCCAUAUAUGCCAAGGUGGAAGAUAACUUUCGACAUCGCUACCUUAAAUACACGCCAAAUCAUGUCACCUGCAGCAUGACCUUCUGGGGACCAAUAACACCACAGAAUACCGGUUUCAUAGCACUGCAAACAGUACGACAAGAUCAGGAAGAGAUGAAGCGAUUGGGCUUUCGGAUCGCGGCGACUGGUUGUGUUACUGAGUUGGACAAAUCUUCGCAAAUUAUGAAGAAACUCAAGCUCGUCGGUCAUCCCUUUAAAAUCUACAAAAAGACGGCCUUUAUCAAAAACAUGUUUAAUACCUCACUAGAGGUCGCCAAGUUCGAGGGAGCUAAGAUAAAGACAGUGUCCGGUAUACGUGGGCAGAUCAAGAAAGCCCAUCAUACGCCCGAGGGAUCCUUUCGCGCUACGUUUGAGGAUAAGAUUUUGCUCAGUGACAUUGUUUUCUGCCGCACUUGGUUCCGAGUAGAUGUGCCGCGGUUCUAUGCCCCUGUAACGACAUUGCUGCUGGCACCAGAACAGAAAACCGAAUGGCAAGGCAUGAAGACCCUAGGUCAACUAAAACGGGAGCGUGCGAUAAAGAACGAAGCCCAGCUAGACAGCAUGUACACGGAUAUUGUGCGCAAACCCAAGAUAUUCCGGCCAUUGGUGAUACCAAAGGCACUGCAACGAGCUCUGCCCUACAAACACAAACCAAAACUCGGUCCUCUAGAUCCGCAGCAGACCGAGAAACGUGUGGCCGUUGUGAACUCACCAUACGAACAGAAAGUCUCCAAGAUGAUGAAGAUGAUAACAACAAACUAUAGAGACAAACGCAAUCGGGAGCGCAAUGAGACGAAACAGCGAUUAAAGCAGUUCCACGCCAAGAAGCGUGCCGAGGAGGCAUCAAAGUUAAAGCGUCAGAAAGAACUUCGCAAAAAAGUAUCGCGCGCCAUGAGUAAGAUGAGAAACAAGAACAACAAUGCAUAAUAUUUUAUAAUUGCAUGUAAUUUGUACUAUAAAAUAGAACGUUCAAUAAAUUUGUUGACGCUUUGUAAAUUAUGCUCUCAAA